AAUGAGCCCGGUCAGAUCAUUCGGUUCAUGUCACUCCCCCCCCUCUCUCUCUCUCUCUCUAGACAUUUCAGAAACCUUCACUUUCAACUUUCCAGGAAAAAACCAGGAAAGGAAAGAGAGAAAAUCCAAUCCAAUGCUUUGGCAGCUCUCCCGUGACUCCUGUAUUCAGAGAUCGCCUUUCUCCGUCCUUCUGGAAGUGAAAAGUCGAAAGGGAUCCUGUGACUCCGCUGCUUACCUUUUUUGAGUCCCCCCCCCCCUGUUCUUUGGUUCUUGAUUUCAAAUGGGGCUAUCAUCAAAUCUUCGUCUAUAAAGCAACCUUCGCGGCACGAUAAGAAUCUCCCCAUCGAAUCCGAGUUAGCCGAGCUAAACAUGGCCGUCGAUCAUCUGAACCCGGAGGACUUCCCCGUUUCGAGCCCGAGGAUUUCCUUCUCUUUCAAUCUCCGCGAUUCGGGAGCAAUACGCGCUGCUCCAUCAAAAGCUGCCACCGAUUGUGCUCGGGCAUCGGAUUCAAGGAACGACUUCGAGUUCCGUCUCUCGGAGAGCUUGUCGUCCUCCGCGGAUGAGCUCUUCUCCGACGGAAAGAUUCUCGCGGUCCCCGUCAAGAAGAAGAAUGUUCCCCAGAGACGGAGGCAUCCUGACUGUCCGGCGCUGCCAUUGCCACCUGCUCCUAAAGAGAGUGUGCCUUGUAAUAAUGCUAACACGACAUCGCUGGAUCCGGAAGCCACUUGCGACGGUGACGACAUGCCACAUGGAGGAAACUUGAAGGACGCGAGGCCGUCGAGGUCAUUCUGGAGGUUCAGGCGAAGCAGCAGUUUGGGGUCGGCGAAUUCGUGCAGCAGGCGCUUGUGUUUCUUGCCGAUCAUGCCGCGGAGCUACUCAACCGGGUCAUCUCCCCCAAACACGAAGCAGCAUCGGCAAAGGCUCCCUCCGCCACAGUGUCGGGUGACAAAGAACGAUCAGAAGGUUUCAUCGUCGGAGUGUUUCGGGUCUCAUUACCGGCAGAGAGCUCGUCAAGUCAGUCCCGUCGUUCUCAACGUUCCUACGAUGGAUAUGUUUGGGCUGAGCUACUUAUUCACGAGUAGGAAGACCAAGAACAAUCCCCCAUGAUGCUUCCUCGUAUUGUGUCUAUCCUGUUCACAGUUUCUCUUCCCUUGCAGCAUAGAAUUCAUCAAUUCAUCUUAUAAAUUAUCUUCAAUCGACAACUGCA